AUGUUGUCUAAUCUAGUAAAACAACACCAGUCUAGACAGCAAACCCGCAAGGAGCUCCAAGAAAAACGCAAAAAAGAUGCAGUGGUUGCAGCUACCGCACUGUCUCAUGUUUUGGUUGACCAUUUGAAUGCUGGAGUAGCACAGGCGUACGUUAACCAGAAGAAGCUUGAUACAGAAACACGCAUUCUUCAGGCCAACGCAGCCCAGUUCUCCAAGCAGACAAUGCAGUGGCUGAAACUUGUUGAGGAUUUUAAUACUGCUCUCAAGGAAAUAGGUGAUGUGGAGAACUGGGCAAAAAGUAUUGAAACUGACAUGAGGACUAUAUCAAGUGCAUUAGAAUAUGCCUAUAGAAAAGCUGAUUAA